AUGCUCUCUUUGGUAUUGUCUCGUCGUGCUGGUCCAAUCAUCAAGAACUGGAGCAAACGAAAUCUCGCAACAACCUCUUCAAGCAAGGUCUUCACAACUCCUGAAGAGGCUAUACAUGAUUUGAAGCCAUAUACUACGCUUUUAUGUGGAGGAUUUGGUCUGUCUGGUAAUCCGGAAAAUCUCAUUCAUGCAAUCAACAAUCGCAAUGAUAUCACUGGACUCACGGUCGUCUCCAACAAUGCUGGAGUAGACGAUUGUGGUCUUGGCUUACUACUUCAAAAGAAGCAAAUCAAACGUAUGAUCGCCUCGUAUGUUGGUGAAAACAAGCUCUUUGAAACGCAAUACUUGAGUGGAGAACUUGAAGUCGAGUUGACUCCUCAAGGUACUCUUGCUGAACGUGUGAGGGCUGGUGGUGCUGGUAUACCUGCAUUCUAUACCCCUACUGGUUAUGGAACAUUCAUUCAAGAAGGCAAACUACCAAUCAAAUAUUCCAAAGAUGGCAAAGUGGAGAUAUUCUCAAAGCCACGCGAAACUCGUGAAUUCAAUGGCACGAAAUAUGUUAUGGAAGAAGCUAUUGUUGGUGAUGUGGCGAUUAUCAAGGGGUGGAAGGGUGAUGAAUUGGGCAAUGUGAUAUUCAAAGGUUCUGCAAGAAACUUCAAUCCAACUAUGGCCAAAGCUGCAAAAAUCACCAUAUGUGAAGUCGAAGAACUACUCCCUGUAGGAGCUCUCGAUCCAAACGAAAUUCAUCUCCCUGGAAUAUACGUGCAUCGUAUCCUCAAGGGUGCCUCGUACCAGAAGAGAAUUGAAAGGUUGACUACCUCAUCACCUGGUAAACUUGGUGUCCCUGGUAAACAGGAUGAAGGAGCUGCAUUACGUGAACGGAUUGUUAGACGUGCCGCACUUGAGUUUCGAGAUGGUGAUUAUGUAAACCUUGGAAUAGGUAUGCCAAUGUUGGCCUCCAAUUACCUUGCAAAAGGUGUCACCGUGCAUCUACAAUCUGAAAACGGCAUUCUUGGAUUGGGCCCAUAUCCAGAACCUGGCAAGGCUGACCCUGAUCUCAUCAAUGCUGGAAAAGAGACUGUGACACUCAUACCUGGUUCUGUAUUAUUCUCAUCUGACGAAUCCUUUGCUAUGAUCCGAGGAUCAAAAAUUGACUUGACUGUAUUGGGUGCUCUUCAAGUCUCGGCUAUGGGCGAUUUGGCCAAUUGGAUGAUACCACGUAAAAUGGUAAAGGGCCCUGGAGGCGCCAUGGACUUGGUUUCAGCGCCAGGAGCUCGUGUCAUUGUCACGAUGGAGCAUACUGCCAAAGGAGGCAAGCACAAAAUACUCGAAAACUGUGAUCUUCCACUCACAGGCACGCGAUGUGUAUCUCGCAUCAUCACCGAGUUGUGCGUAAUGGAUGUCACGCCAGAGGGCAUCAUGUUGGUUGAAUUAGCAGAAGAUGUCACUGUUGACGAAGUGAAGGCAAAAACUGGAUGCAGUUUCAAAAUCGCUUCGAAACUAGGUCGUUUUGCUUAA